GCCCGCCCAGCCGGCGCCGCCCGCGCUGCCACACGCACCCACUCCCGCACACGCCCGCGGGUGCCCGCGGCCUCUGCAGGGGAAGGAACUGAUCGAAACUUCAGGUAGAAGAUAAAUUUUGGAAUAAGAAGAAACUUGUGUACCCUGAAAAGAAAUCACAGAAGGAUUGUUGAGAAGAGUCUAGAGUACAAGUUCCGGUAGGAAAAUGACUCGCCUGGCACGGGAGCAGGAGUUAUGAGCCAUGUCCCAGUGAGACCGGCGGAAUUAAGAGCAAAUGCCUGGAGAAGUCCAGUUGCACAGAGCAGUGCUACAGCUCUUGUGAACUGCGGGUAUCGACGCCUCUCAGACUCACUUCUCUGGCCCCGAGCACUCUGCCAGUAAUUCCUGCCCCACGAAUGGCUACUCAGAGGAAGCACUUGGUGAAAGAUUUCAAUCCUCAUAUCACCUGCUAUAUCUGUAAAGGUUAUCUUAUCAAGCCAACUACAGUAACCGAGUGCCUCCAUACCUUUUGUAAGACAUGUAUUGUUCAACACUUUGAAGACAGCAAUGACUGUCCCAGGUGUGGCAACCAAGUGCAUGAGACCAAUCCACUAGAAAUGUUAAGGCUGGAUAACACCUUAGAGGAAAUUAUAUUUAAGUUGGUGCCUGGACUUCGAGAACAGGAACUGCAGCGAGAGAUCGAAUUUUGGAAGAAAAACAAACCUCAAGAAAAUGGACAAGAUGAAAGUCCAAAAGCUGAUAAACCCAAAGUAGAUGAGGAGUGUGAUGAAAAUGAAGAAGAUAAAGACUAUCACAGGAGUGACCCACAGAUUGCUAUCUGCCUCGACUGUUUACGCAACAAUGGGCAGUCAGGAGAUAAUGUAGUCAAAGGUUUAAUGAAGAAAUUUAUCCGCUGUUCUACUCGAGUGACUGUGGGAACUAUCAAAAAGUUUCUCAGCUUAAAAUUAAAACUUCCAAGUUCUUAUGAGCUGGAUGUACUAUGCAACGGAGAAAUUAUGGGGAAGGAUCAUACUAUGGAAUUCAUCUAUAUGACAAGAUGGAGACUAAGAGGCGAAAACUUUCGGUGUCAGAACUGCUCAUCUUCGCAAGUCUGCUCACAGGAUGGCACUUUUUAUCAGUCUUACCCCAUGGUACUUCAGUAUCGACCUAGAAUUGACUUCGGUUAGACCAAAGGGCCAGAUCCCACUGAGAUGAAUCCUGCACUAUUUGUUUACCCAUCGACAGAUUGCACAAUGAAUGGAUGUGCCUGGAUUGGGGGGACACAGCCAGAUUUUCAGCAUGCAAAUAAGGACAUUGUCUUUCUUAAAAGUGUCAGUUGCAUCUCUGUUGUUUCUAUUAGAGCAAGCCAAGUGCCAUUCUGCUACUGAAAUGUGCAUAAGAUAUUCGUGUAUCUUAAGGGUGUGCUGCAAAUCAUAGCCAAAAUCAUGAAGUGUACAGUCAAGAUUCAAAAACUAUGGAAUAUUUUUGCUUGCGUGUUAGAAAAUUUUUCUGGUCCUAAUAUUGAUUACAUUAGCAAAAUGGCAGAGUGCUCAUUCCAUGUGGUGUUGCAGUUUCACACACUUACUAUUUUACUGAAUAUUGUUGUUUAAAUCAUAGAGUACUGUACAAAUAACUAAGGAUUAUACCUUGACAAUAUUUUGUAUAGAAAAUAUAUUUAGAAAUGUGGUGGUUGGGCCACUACCUUUUUCUUGAUAAGGUUCUCAUGGGUCCAGGUAUAGCUCACUCAUGAGUGUGCAACAGUCCUUUUGCAGUGAAUGAAGAUUAAUUACACUUAACAAGAAGUGUAGAACAUGAUAAUUCAAAAUAGUAAUUUUAAAUCUGCUAAAUAGAUUCUGCUAAUAUUGCUUAAAAGCAUUGCAGCCUUUGUGAUUGCACUUUUCUAUGGUUUCCCUGAAGAUUGGAAUUUGGGAUACUACCUAUUUUUGGAAAAUGGCUUCUGGUCAGAUUACAUUUCUUCUAAUUAAGCUUCCACAAAAAUGAAGCUAAAAUAAUAUAAAUGUCUAUGGAACAAAUCAAUUUCACUACAAAAUUACAAGCAAGGCAAAAUUUUACAUAAUUAUUACCUCUCGUAAUAAGCAUUUCCUUUUAAGAUUGGAUGGAGGUCUAUAGUAUGCGAAAACAAAAAUAAUAUAUAGCUUUAAUUACAUAUUGUACCUCUUACAACUAUCUGGAGUUUAGAAUUCAUUACAGAAAUUUUCAUUAGUUAAAGUCACAUCAUAAAACUAUUUCCAUAAAAUUAGAGGUAAUGCAAUACUGAAGAUAAGCAGUCUGACCAAUAUAAUUGUUCAGGUCAUCUUUUUUCCUAAGACCUGGUAGUGCUGGAUAAAAAGUGAUUGUUGCCUUAGAUAUUGUAAGCAUAAUGGUUCUAGUAUGAAAAUUUUAUUGGGGUUUUUGGUAAUGUUGCAGGGAGCAUAGCAAUGUGUAUGUUUUCUGUAGUCUUCCAUUGUCUUUACUCUGCUUAAUAGUUAGUUGAGUUUUUCUCUUCAAGUUCUCUGGAGAUACUUAUAGUUCAGUAACUUUAUGUAAUUUCUACUUAAUAGAUGCCUGCUAGUGUUGUAGAUAGCUAUUUACUUUCUUUAUGCCUUUUGCAUACAGCAAAAAGGAACCAAAUUAAUUUUUCAGAAGCUACUGUAGAGUGAACUGGUGGUUCUUAGACAAAGUGAAAAGUCUUUCUUGGGAUCAAGUAUAAAAGAUGGAUGCAAGGCUGUAAAUCCUUUGUAAGUGUAUGUCCCUGUACAUUAGUAAGUUCUGUAGGAGAAAUAAGCAUGUUGUGGAUUAAAUCUAGCCCCUUUAAUGUUGUUAGGGGUUCUAACAUUGAUGACUUUAGGAACAUCAUACAUAAGCGGGUUGAAUUCUACCAUUGCACGUCAAAGCCCGUAUGACAACACAGAAAUAAAGAUGCUGUCAGUAGCAGUCUGUUUAGGAAACCUGCUAUUGCAGGUCAAGUUUGCACAUAUUGUGCAGGUGCCAGUGGGACUGGGGAAGCGAAAUGUUAAGGAAGCUUCUGCCCUUUUCUGCAGGCAGUGUGCUGGCCGAUACAGGCACAUGUUCAUGGGAAGGGGUGCAUGUACUGGCUGCAGGGAGCAGUCAUCUUUUUGCCCACCUAGUCUGUGAUGUGCUACUUGACAGAAAGAAGAUUUUCCAUGAAGACAGGGCCCUUCUCUGCAGAGCCUCUAGGGAAAAAUAGAUUCUUUCUGUAUAUAGAGGUCCUCCUCAUGGAGCAGCUUGGAAGAGCAAAGCAUGCAUUCUGAUUGCAGAUCAUUUUUCUCUUUAGUAUACAUAGUUGUUUUGUACAGUAGAAAUAGGAUAUUAUUUGUAAAUAUUUACAUGCACAUACAAAUGACACCUUACAGUUUUUAUAUAUUUCCCCUGUUUUUAUACCAGAAUUUUCACUGUAGAUUCACUUGACAUAAAACAUCUGUUUCAGUUUAUCACAAAGCUAAUGGUAGGAUACUUAAGCAUAAUUUCUGCUUGGUUCAGGGCACAGUUUUUUCCUCAGCAAUUGAGCUUGCUGUUUUGACAAAUUUGAACAGACUUGUUUUAAAAAGACAAGAAUGCAUCAUUUUUAAUCCUUCCACCUAACAGGACCCCUGUAAUAGCACUGUUUUGUGUUGGCUUUGGAAAGGCACCUAACAGAAGCUUUCUUUGACUGUUUGAUAACUUUCUGUAUUCAUAAUUCAGAGAACCAUGAAUUCUCUCAAUCAGAAUUGGACAUUGUUUUAACUCAUGGUAUUUUCUUGAUGCAAGUUAAAACUAGAUUACAGAAGACAAAUCUUCAUUUUAAGCAUGGAAAAUACUGACAGAUCUGAACCAACGUUCCCAGCUAAGAAUGGUGGCAUUAAAUGCAUAUGAGUUAACCACCUACACUUUAUGCAUUUCUGAUUUGAUGGCACAAUGCCCGAGUGCUGCUGCAGUUUAAUAGUUUUUAUAACAGUGAAGUGCCAGUGAAAUACAUAUCUUAACUGGGCAGCUUGUAUAGCACAGGCAUUGCCUUCCUUACAGGAAAUUUCUCUCCCAUAUAGUACAUAUGUGCCAUGUGUCUACAGAUAUGCAUAUUUAAUUAAUUUGUGCCAAUUAAGACUAUCUGAGCACCAUAGGAAUAUGAGAAUGCAUGUGCAGAUUCCUGUGUGCCAAAGAUGGGGUAAAGUGAAAUGAGUACCUAAGCAUUCCCUUCAGACUGCACCAUAUGCCAUCCUAGAGCAGAUGCCUGGAUAGAGUCACACUUUCUGAGCAUUCCAUGACAAAGUGUCACCACUGCAUGCUUGUAAAGCAUAGGAAUAUAAAGUAAGUGUUGCUGCCACUGUGUUUCUAUGGCUUUCCCAUAUCAGAAAUAUCUAGCUGCAGAGGGAUAAGACCUAAAAAAUUCCACACUGCUACCUAACCUUGCUGUCUCUUAUUUAGCACAUUUGGUGCUGCUUUGUUUUUCCCUUAAACUGAAAAACUCAUUAAUGAAAGUCAUAAGCAACAUUUUGUUCAGCAUAGCUGAUUGCUGCAUUUAUCUAGUAACAAGCUGUAAGCUAGAAUUUACAGACAAGGUCCUAUAACACCUCAAACAAUAUGGAAUUAGAUGAUUAAUCAAGAAAUGUAUCUUCCGUCAUGCAUUACUACACUGCCGGUAGCUAAAGGCCUAGUCCUAUAAACUUUUUUUUUUCCUUUUAAAUACCAAAUAAGAUUACUACAAUAACUUAAGUGACUCAUCACUAAAGUAGGUACUGCUCACUUGAAACCUUCUGGGAUUUGGGUCCGAGGAGUAUGCAAUGCUGUAAGUAUAUUGUGCAUACUCAGCUAGCUUGCAGUUAUUAUGCAAAAAAAAAUUAUAAAAGUAUUAUUUUUACUGUACUAAAAAAUGUUAUACAAAACAAAGUGCCUGAUUAUUAAUACAGAAUACCUUUUCAGCCCAUUAUUUGCAUUUGACAGGGUAAUAUUUGCUUCUGUAUUUUAUCUAUGGUCUUAAUGUUUUCAGCAAGAAUAUUUCAUAAACAUGCUGUAUUGAGAAGCUUUCAGGAGAAAAAAAGCAUAAAAAGAAAUGUGUCGUUUUAGAUAAAUUAAACCCUAUCUCAGUAGAAAUUAUAUGAAAAAAUACUUUUACAUUGAAAAUAUUCCAUUUUCUGCAUAAGGGACGCUUGAAUCUGGAUCUUGGUCUGUUUUCUUCUAUAGGUUCCAGCAAUAUGACUUGACUUUUCUGUUAUUGAAAACAGUUCUAGUGGAGCUGCAGGAGAAAAGAGAUUGAUCCCAUUCCAUUUAGAUAGAAGCUAGGCUCUUAUUCUCUGCUGCAGACAAAGUAAUGGUCCAGAGUUUCAUCUCAUCUCUCCCAUGUAUAACUGUUACACAUGACCUUGGGAGAGACAUAAACAGUUUUUCCUUUUCUGCUGCUUUCUAAAAUAACAAAAUAGGCCAGGGUUUAGUCCUUUAAUUGAACCAAUUACUGAGCUUUAUUAUUUGUGGGGGGUUUUUAUGUUUUCACGUAACUGAAGACAAGAAGAGGCUUUCACACCCCAGGAAAAAACAUUUUUGAGAGGAGUUGCAACAAAAGGAAUAGCAUCCAGCUCAGCCAGAUACUGUGUCUGGUAGAAAUACUAGAGAACAGAUAGCUGUUCAAAGCCAAUCCUAAAUCUCAAACAGAUUGAGCCGUGUGUAUAGAGGGGCUACAUAAUAUACUGGUCAGUUACAUGCAUUGAUCAAAUUUAUUUUUAUCCUGGAAGAGUGCCAAGGUGUUAAGACUUACAUGCCUAUCCAGGAGCUUAGUCCAGUUUCUUCACUUAAUCUGGCAAGUUGAAGGCAUCUCUUUACUUCCUACGAAAAUGCAUGUAUCAUGCAGCAUAUUCCACUCUCACUUUACUUCAUGCUUUGUUAUCUUAUUAUUUCUCUCAGUUAAAAUGUCUAAGCAGGCACCUUCUGUCCUCUAAUUCUAGGUCAUUACACAUCUUUUGCCCUUUCCCAUACCCCACCCCAUUUCGUACCCCACAAGUAAAAACAUUGAGGAAUUAUAAAGGCAAAAUCGCACAUGAGGUGUCAGCUCACAGGUUUCAUUCAUCAGGCAGCUCUCACGGAUUUCAGCAGAGUUCUCACAGUUCUGCAUUUUGAAUCCUGUAUAGCCAGUUUGAACAAGGUCAUACUUCCACAAGGGGUUGAGCUAAAGACACUUGUUUGAGUAAGGAUUGCAGUCUGCCGGAGUGUGCUCCAGGAUGAAUUCCAAGACAUGAGGGGAUUGAUUCACCCUAAAGGAAACGUGAAAAGCUUGCAACUGCACAUUUACUGCUAAUUUUGUGCCAUAAGGAUUGUCUGACCUUCAGACCUUAGCUGAAACAUCCAUUGUAGGAAUGUCCUCCAACAGAUGAUCUUGUAAUGUUAAUAUAUUUUUCUUCAAAGGCCGACUUUCCUGUUGAUUGUCUAACUACUGUCUACAUUGUUUGUAGAGCAAAUUAAAGCAUUAGAUUCCAGAAUAGGAAUUUGAUUAAUUAAUGAAUUCCUGACAGAUUCUUCCAUCCAAGGUAUGUGCCAUAAAUCUUUUGAAUUCAGGUAGCUUGCUACUGCAGUUGAACAAGGCCAUGGUUUCAUUCUCUAGUGAGUAAUUUAGGUCUGUAUGGUUCUGGAGUGUGGCAGUGAAAUGGAGGAGCUCUGUAGAUGGGUAGAAAUGUCUAGGCCAUCUUUUGCACUUGCAGGAGACCACGUUCUAUAAACUCAGAAUAGAGGAGAAUUCUGGAAUGAAAGAUGUCUACAAGUGGAAGUUUUUGCCAUUACAUUAAUUUUGACCAAAGAGAGGAAUUGGUUUGACUUUGCUUGUUUUUCUGAACCAUUAUGCAUACUUUUCUUUGAAGUUCAUACUAGAACUUCUAUGUGUAUUUUUAGGAAAUGCUUCUAACAUGGUUGACAGUUGACAGGAUGAGGUGAACAGAAGUAGCUACUGUGCAUUUUCCUUUUUUCUUGUGAUAGUGAGUGGAAAGCAAUGUAAGAUUUGAGGGAAGGUUGCUAUACAAUACACAAAAUCACUGCAACAGUAUAACAUUUUACUGCUAGUUAACAUACUGAGGUUUUUAUUACAAGUGAAGUUGUAGUGAAGAUAUUUAUUAUCAAAGUGCAAGGCCCAUAUUUUAUGAUAGUAUUCUACUCCUAAAAUUCAGUUUUGUAUUAAUAUUGAGUAUGGUAGGUAUUGCUCCUGUUGUCUCCUGAAUAUUGAUGCAGUAAAAUGAAACAUGUUCCCUUUUUACUGAAAAAUACCACAUACUAAUCAAUUUAAAGUUAGUCUUUGUUGUCCGAUAUUUAGUUUGUUCAGAAAAAACAAGUUUUUUUUUUUAAAUAAACUACUUUUAUGAAUAAUCUGGUUGCCUAAUAGUUUUAGGGGACCCAUUUAAUACCAAAGGUAAAGCCACUCAGAAACUGACUCGGAAUAUGGCAUCAACACUUUCCUGGAGUGCAGUGGUCAAGAGGUACACCUGGAAUCAGUCAAGCAGAACUGAAGCAGUGGUAGUUGUCUGUGUCACCAAGCUGAAGGGUUAGGCACACCUGGCAGUUUCCAGUGCAAAAUAGAAAAAGAAAAACACAACAGGAAUAGCAUAAAGGUUAACAGACAUAGAGUAGCUCUUUGAGUCCUAACUGAUGUUCCCAGAGAAAAGCACAAAGGCUUGCAUUACUGAUGUGUCUGCUAUACCUGGCCUGUGAACUAACAAAAACUUCAGUGUGCUGUCAAUCCUGUAAACCUUCCAAAGCACAAAAUAGUCACCAAGCUACUUUUGGGGUUUCUAGUUGUAUUUCAGUGAUAUUUUGGAGGGUCGAAAGGACAGACUUGGAGGAUAAUGAGAAGAUAUUAAGUAUGUUUUACAGAUUUUUAUAGCUAUUUUUUUAGCAAAUGGUAUUGCUGUCCUUGAUGUGAGACCAUUGAUUAGCAAGACGUGCUAAUACUCGUGCAGUAUAAAGCAGAAAGAAUAAAGAAAUCCAAAUAUCUUGAUUUCCAGGAUAGUGAUUAGCUAAACUGGAAAGUAAUCAGUCAAUUUAAUUGUUUAGCUGGCUGAAAGAUUUCAUUCUAAAUACUUACUGAUCGUAGUUUUUUUCUCAAAUACAAGCUUCUUAGCAUAAACAUGAAGCAAUGCAUCAUUUUUUCCCUUAUUGCAGACUUAACUAUUGAAAGAAAAAUAUUUUGCAUUUUUUUAAAUUAAUGCAAAGCCUGAAUUGUUGGAUGUUCCAGGCUACUGAAUAGAUGAUAUAGAGUUAUCCUCAAUGGAUUUUUUGGGGGUGGGGGCUUAAGUGUCCUUAUAUAAGCUGUGAUCCAAGUUAUGAUAAGAAAGGAGCCUAUGGUGAGCAGUAAUAAUGUUCUAAUGCUUCCUUGCAUUUGAUCAGUAGUUACCAGUUUUUAAUAAAGCAGCCCUCACAGUACUUAGGAGCUCAUAGAACAUAUUGUGAUCUUAUGUUGCUAAUUUGUUUUAAAAUAUAAAAUGUUUUAAGCUUUUUGUCAAAAGUGAUAACAUCAUAUUACAAAUAAACCUUUUUGUGGUUGUAAAAUUUAGCUUAUAAAUCAUUCAAAUUGAAGUGAAAAAAAACACAGGUCAUUGUUAAUGACAGUCUAUCCUACUAUUAAGAAUAUAUGUAUUUUUGUAAAGGAAAAGCACUUGUAGAUAUUUAAUCAGUCCAAUAUCUAUCUAUGUUAAUGUUUUGAAAAAAAAAAAGAAAACAAAAUGCUGCUUAGAGAAUCACUUACAUAUUUUUAUUUUUUGUGCUCAAAUGCAUUUUCUGUUGAUUUAUGGAAUCUUGUUUAUUCUGUGUGAAACUGUAUAGUUAGUACAGCUGGGCUAAAUGCAUUUCUCACUUUAAUCAACUGUAUCUGACUAUGAUAAUAUAUUUUGUGUCUGAGCAGAAAGCUAAUUGCAAAACUUAGGCUGGUGGUGCUGUUUCUCAUCUUCGAUAUUAGCUUCAUCCUGCCUUAUGACUUUUCUACUUCAUAAUAGGUAUAAAAAAUGCUACCCGUUUUUUGUGGUGUAUAUGUUUUAAUGGACAUUUCAGGGUAUAUUUGGUUAUUUAGUUGAAUCUUACUGUGCUUACGAACAUUUUUAUAAAAAGAUGACAGAAUUUUACUUACAGCAUUUAAAAAACACUCUCCUGGAUGAAAAAGAGUGCGAGAUUAGUCAAGUUUAAUACUUACUUUCCUACAGAGGAAACUACUGUUAGGUACAUUCGUGAAACGUAAUUGCAUCACAAAAGUUUCUAAGAAUUUUAACGUUUUUAAAAUUUAGAAUAAUUAAUUUCUUGUAAUAUUUUGCAGCUCUUUGAAACCUCACUUUUAACUAUAUUUUGAUUCAUCAUAAUACAUUAACACAGCUUCAGGGGAAAAAAACAGUAAAGCAAAGAAUUUUAUUAAAGUACAGUAAGGAGUGGCAACCAUAUUUGUUUGUAGUUAUUACUGUACAAUCCAAAAUCUAUUUACUUAUUUCAGUGGAAUUCUACAGGGAUAUACUCUGUGGGCUAACGUGUUGCUCAGUUCAGCUUGACCUCAGUGGAGCGGUUUUCUUCAAUUGUCCUUGUAGCUAAGACUUGAAAUGACCCAGACUUCCCACUUUCUCACUUGUUUUCCUUACAUGGGUGGCUAAUAUUGCUUAAAUUUAUUCUUAUUAUAUUAACCACACAGGUAAAAAAGUUUUGCAACACUGAGUGUGUACACUAGCAGUAGAACUCAUUGUUAGGAACUCAGCUGACUAAAUACUUGUGUCCUUUUCAAACUGGGGGAGAAAUUCACUGGGAGUAUGAACAUUUGAAAUGGCAUUCUCUUAUUUGUAUGCAUGCUACACAAAGAUGUGCAGUUGAUCAGCAUUUGAUGUGUUUGUUUUAUUAUAUGAACACUGUCUGUUUUUAUAAUUUUUGUUAAGAGCUAAUUUCUGUAUUAAUUCAUUAGGGUUGACAUCUCAGGGUCCACAAAGUAGCAGUUGAAAAACUUAAAUCCAUUUGAUCUGAGUGCAAUAGCAAUAUUGCAGGCUUGUAUCUUUUGAAGAACCAAAUAUGUUGUGCUUUGAAGUAUUUUUAAAAGCACUGUAAAUUUCACCCAGUUCUACCAAAGGAAUGGGGGGGGGUGUUUAGUCUUAGAAGCUGAGUGUGGCCCUGGAAAAAAUUGUAAGACACCUGUAAUUGUCGGCACUAGUGAGCAGUUUUACAAUUAGGUAAGGGAAGUGCUGGUACUUGGGGUUUUUUUGGCGAAACCUCGUGGUCAUGCCUCUUGAUGUAGAGCGAUGUGUGCCUGUGCAAAGCUGCAUCGACAUUUGUAAGCAAGAUUUAUUUUCAAAAAACAGCUCAUGCAAACCCUGUAAAUGGGCCUUUAGAACUUUGUGUGUCAAUUUAUCUGGUAUGUAACGAUAUUUCUAAUAAUGAACUACCUGUAUGGCUCAGUACUGGUGAUGUUGCAUUGAGUGCUUCGUGCUAAUGUCAAGAAGGUUUACAGCACCUUUAUAA